AAAAAACUUGGCAGGAGAGCUGGGCAAACAAGUCCAGAGAUACACACAGUGUCACCCGCUGCCCGGGCACGGCAGAGGCGGCCGCCCGGGACCGAGACUUGGGGAGCCUAUACAUGCAGGAUCCGCAGGGACCCGAUGAAAAGGUCCUGAUAUCCCUAUGCUAAAAACUGCUUAAGAAAAUCUGUCAUUUUACUGCUGAAGGAAAACCAACCUCCUGGAAAUUGAUCUUCAGAACGAUUUGUUUGAAUGACUGAACUUCAAGGAGCACUUUAGAGGCCUGGAUUUGCCUGUGCGCUUGUUUCAUUCCAUAAGAGAAACCUACAGAGCGUUCUGUACUUCUCAUGAAGAGUGGUAGGAGGGGGGUGCACUAGGAUGGCUACCGCCGUGCAACCAAAUGAGUUGGUGUUCGAGUUUGCAAGCAAUGUCAUGGCCGAUGAGCACCAGAUGAGAACAUUCCUUUCUGUUGGUGGGAGUGAGAAAAAUAUGGAAUAUACAUGGAAGCUUGACGACCCUUCGAUCUUUCCGGCGGUCAUUGUGGAACACAUACCAAAUGCAGAUUUACUGCACAGCUACUCUGGACUAACCUGCGUAGAUGAUACGAAUGACAUGAUCACGGAGACCUCGCUGGAUGUAGCCGAAGAGCAGAUCAUAGAAGAUGACGACCUCACUCUUACAGUUGAAGCUUCCUGUCAGGAUGGCGAUGAGACCAUGGAAACAAUUGAAGCAGCUGAAGCACUUCUUAAUAUGGACUCUCCAGAUGCAUUACUGGAUGAGAAAAGAUUAGCUAAUAUAUUUGGAUCAUCUGAAGAUGAGCUGAUUGUCACUCCAAUUACACAUGUAUCAGUCACCGUAGAUGGGAUUCCGGAGGUAAUGGAGAUCCAUCAGAACAUGUAUGAAGAGCCAGUAGAAUAUCCUCCUGAUGAGCAGCCGAAAAGGAAAAAAGGGAGGAAACAAAAAACGACUCGCUCGGAGUCCCCCACGACUACCCCAAAUAUAUCUGUGAAGAAGAAAAGCAAAGACGGGAAAGGUAAUACCAUUUACCUUUGGGAAUUCCUAUUGGCUUUGCUUCAAGACAAAGCUACAUGCCCAAAGUACAUUAAGUGGACACAAAGGGAAAAGGGCAUCUUCAAACUGGUGGAUUCCAAAGCUGUUUCUAAGCUUUGGGGCAAGCACAAAAACAAGCCUGACAUGAACUAUGAAACGAUGGGCAGAGCACUCAGGUACUAUUACCAAAGAGGUAUUUUAGCAAAAGUGGAAGGCCAACGUCUUGUCUAUCAGUUCAAAGAAAUGCCAAAGGAUCUCGUAUACAUUGAUGAGGAGGACUCGAGCUCUGCAGAAUACUCAGGAAAUUUACAUUCUCCAGUUUCUACUCCCAAUCGAAAUCAAGCACGGGCAUCUAAAGUAGCUCCAAAUGCUGGAACAAGAGGUAGCUCAACCACUGUUGUAAAGUCCCCCAGGUCUUCAAAAAUGAAAGAACUAGAGGAGCCUAGCCAGCAACAGUUACUACCAUCAGAUAUGCUGAGGACAAUGACUCCUCAGCCAACUCAUCUUUAUCGGACAGUCCAUUUAAUGUCUGGACAGGCUAUUCCUGAACAAGGCUUAACAUGCUCCAUUCCGAAUGAGACAUUGCCUUCUGUGCAGACUAUCAGAACGAUCCAGUCUCCAGGACAGGUCCCAGUUGUGGUGGGCCCUGGCAAUCAGCAGCUGCAUACUGUAACACUCCAAACCAUGCCUCUCACCACAGUCAUAACAAGCACAGACCCCAGUGCCCCAGCGGGGUCACAGAAAUUUAUACUUCAAGCCAUUCCUUCCGCACAGCCAAUGACCGUACUCAAGGAUAAUAUGGUGCUACACCCUCAAAGAGCUGGCUCACCUCCACCGUCCAUUGUCCUGAGCCCUAGCCAGGUCCAGCAGGUUCUCAAUGGCAGCGUUCAGGGGCUUUGCAAUGGAACAGUAAGUGUGUCUUCAUCUCCAGCCUUCUGUGCAACCACUCCAGUCAUGACCUUCUCAACAAGCACUUCGCCUCUGGUUAACCAAACUCCAGGCACAGUUAUCACAUCAGUUAUCAAAUCCCCAGAGUCCAAACAAACAUUUGCUCCCAUCACCAAUGACCAGGGUGCCCAGGAAGACACAGAUGAGACUGCUGAGCAGAAAUAUCAGCCUUCAUGUGUACUGGUGGUAGCCAGUUCAAAUGGAUUUCCAGCCCAGAUGGAAAUUAAAAAGGAAAACGACCCAUGGGAGUUUGACUCAAAUUGAUAAUAUAGAAAACUAUAUAUUUAAGAUUUUCCAAAUGUGAUGGGCUCUUCUCCAAUAUUCUCUCUAUUUUUUCAAAGCACAUCUAUAUUUUUCAUAAAUCCUCUUCCCGCUAUGUGAUACCCUAGCAGUAAAAGUUUUAAUUUCUGUUCAGCUGGUUUUGAUUUUAAGCUUUUCUUAUUUUUCCACAUUCUGGAAUCUUAAUCAGGAAAGUCCGUAUUCUUCAUCAACAAUUCCACUUGGGCGUAUCGCUUAUUCCAGGACCCCCUAUGUUGAAGGAAUGAGCCUUUUUAAUUCUGUGAGGACAAAGUGUAACUGUCUAUGAUGCAAAUAUUUUUAAAGCCGUUUUUGACAAUCUUCCGGUGUGUUCAUUAAGCUGCGCUCUCUAAAUUCUAUUUUGUUAGCCUGUAAAUAGGAAAAGCCAAUAAAGCUUUGUAUUCUAGCAGACUGCUCUGUAUCCCCCCACUGAUCGAAGACUACUUCAGAGCCAGAAUAUAAAA